ACUUGUUUAAAUUGUUUAUAAUCUGUUCUUUAAUGGAUUAUAGGAAUAGUUUGGAUCAUAAAUCAAUCAUUGUUAUCCUGCUUUGCUUUUCAAAUUUUGAUCUAGAAAUUGAAACUCUUAUGUUUCUGAAUGAAAGUAUUUUCUUUCUAUUUGUUUUCUCUUCUUUAAAAUGGUGAUAGUAACAGUGUCUUCUUCAUAAAGUCACCCUUAAUGGAAAGAAAUAAUACGUGUAAAGCACUUGAAAUAGUACCUAGAGCAUAGUAGAGGUUCAGAUGUUACUAGUUAUAGUUAUGAUUGUUAUAUAUACUAUUAUUUCCUGGCUUUACAUUGGUUUGAAUACAUACUAGUAUAAUGUUAUCCAAAUAUGUAUUAAAAUUACAUGUUGAAUAUUAAGUUUUGUUUAGCAGCUCAGCAAAAUGUGUAUUUAAUGAAAGAAAGAGACCUCUAAAUGUCAGAGAGAACAAUUUUUUUUUUUAAUUGCUGAAGCUUUCUUACAACUUUCUCAGACAUAACUACCCUUCUUAUUUCAGGCACCUAGUGAAUGAAGCUGAAGCUUCAUAAAGGAGGGUCAAGGCUAAGGCAUGGUAGAUCGAUCUCAGUUAUGUUAUGGAUUUAAUAAUAUGGGAACAUCUUACAGUUAUACAGUACUUGAUAUUUUAUAGGACAUUUUUCACUUACAAUUUUAGUUAAAUAAGACAGAUAUUUAUAUCAUUUCAUAGAUAAGGAUCUGAAGUGUGGAAACAUAAAUGAUUUCCCCCAGUUACAUGAUUAGGAUAUAAUGUACUUGAGCUUAAGAAUCCAAGACUUCUGGAUAGCAUUGUUUCUUUGGGAAAAUGUAGGUUCUAAGUUCCGAACAAUUGAUUUCCUAAAUAUCUUGUGGUUCUUGGCCAUUUGUCAGCUUGGCUUCACCUGAUAUUAAUCGUGCUGGUUGUUUCUGUUACUCCAUCUUUAAGUUUUUAUUACAAUUUGAAUGGUUGAAAACUAUGAUCAUCUUAUCUCUUUGUCUACAUCAGCAUCUGCAUCACCAUUUCAAUCUACAUGGUAUAGUGAAUCUGAGAUAACUCAGGGAGCACGCUCAAGAUCACAAAACCAGCAACGGGAUCAUGAUUCAAAAAGACCUAAACUUUCCUGUACAAACUGUACUUCUACCUCAGCUGGGAGAAAUGUUGGAAAUGGUUUCAAUGCAGUAUCAGAUUCUUCUUGGCGACAUAGUCAAGUUCCCAGAUCUUCAUCAAUGGUACUUGGAUCAUUUGGAACAGAUUUACUGAGAGAGAGGAGAGAUUUGGAGAGGAGAACAGAUUCCUCCAUUAGUAAUCUUAUGGAUUAUAGUCACCGGAGUGGUGAUUACACAACUUCAUCGUAUGUUCAAGACAGAGUUCCUUCUUCAUAUUCACAGGGAGCAAGACCAAAAGAUAACUCAGUGAGCACUUUACAGUUGAAUACAUCAUCCACAAACCACCAUUUGCCUUCUGAACAUCAGACCAUACCAAGUUCUAGGGACUCUAGCAGAAAUUCUUUAAGAUCAAAUUUUUCUUCAAGAGAAUCAGAAUCUCCCCGAAGCAAUACACAGCCUGGAUUGUCUUAUGUUUCAAGUAGAGAUGAAACCCCAACCGUAAGCAAUUCAGAAAGAGUUCUUUCAUCUCAAAGAUCAUUUCAAGAAUCUUCUGAUAAUGAAGGUAGGCGGACAACCAGGAGAUUGCUGUCACGUAUAGCAUCUAGCAUGUCAUCUACUUUUUUUUCACGAAGAUCUAGUCAGGAUUCUUUGAAUACAAGAUCAUUGAGUUCUGAAAAUUCUUACAUUUCUCCAAGAAUCUUGACAGCUUCACAGUCUCGCAGUAAUGCAACAUCAACUUCUGAAGUUCCCGAUAAUAGGGCAUCUGAAACUUCUCAGGGAUUUCGAUUUCUUAGGCGAAGAUGGGGUUUGUCAUCUCUUAGCCAAAAUCAUAGCUCUGAGUCAGAUUCAGAAAAUUUUAACCAAGAAUCUGAAGGUAGAAAUACAGGACCAUGGUUAUCUUCUUCACUUAGAAAUAGGUGCACACCUUUGUUUUCUAGAAGGAGGCGAGAGGGAAGAGAUGAAUCUUCAAGGAUACCUACCUCUGAUAUACCAGCUAGAUCUCAUAUUUUUAGAAGAGAACCAAAUGAAGUGGUUCACCUUGAAGCACAGAAUGAUCCCCUUGGGGCAGCUGCCAACAGACCACAAGCAUCUGCAGCAUCGAGCAGUGCCACAACAGGUGGCUCCACAUCAGAUUCAGCUCAAGGUGGAAGAAAUGCAGGAAUAGCAGGGAUUCUUCCUGGUUCCUUAUUCCGAUUUGCAGUCCCCCCAACACUAGGAAGUAAUUUGACUGACAACGUCAUGAUCACUGUAGAUAUUAUUCCUUCAGGUUGGAAUUCAACUGAUGGAAAAAGUGAUAAAACUAAAAAUGCAGCUUCAAGAGAUCCAGAAAAACUGCAGAAAAUAAAAGAGAGCCUCCUUUUAGAGGACUCUGAAGAAGAAGAAGGUGAUUUAUGUAGAAUUUGUCAGAUGGCAGCUGCAUCAUCAUCUAAUUUGCUGAUAGAGCCAUGCAAGUGCACAGGAAGUUUGCAGUAUGUCCACCAAGAGUGUAUGAAAAAGUGGUUACAGGCCAAAAUUAACUCUGGUUCUUCAUUAGAGGCUGUAACCACCUGUGAACUCUGUAAAGAGAAGCUGCAGCUUAAUCUGGAGGAUUUUGAUAUUCACGAACUACAUAGAGCUCAUGCAAAUGAACAAGCUGAGUAUGAGUUUAUCAGCUCUGGUCUCUACCUAGUUGUGUUAUUGCACUUGUGCGAACAAAGCUUUUCAGAUAUGAUGGGAAAUACAAAUGAACCAAGCACACGUGUCCGAUUUAUUAACCUUGCAAGAACUCUUCAGGCACAUAUGGAAGAUCUCGAAACGGUAAUAAGCCAGAUUCUACUCAGGUGUGUGAGAGCACUUGCCUUAAAUUCACUUUUUCUCUAGUGUAUAUAUCAUUAGCUACUAUGAACACAGAUUGAUCUCAGAAACAUUUUAGAAGGUGUUAUUGAGCCACAUUUUUAAACAUUUUCAUUUUUAUAAAAACUAUGUAACAUCACAAAAAGAUAUGGGGGCGGGGCAUUGUGGAUGGGCAUCACCCAUGGUCAAACCACCCUAACCCUGUCAUGACAACUUAUCAUUUUGAUCAAACAGUAUACUAAAUUGGGAUUUUUGUUUUACAAGUCAUUGCUGUUCUGGCUUCAUAUUUACACCUCCCAUUCUUAUCCCCUUUAAAAUCAUUCUUGAUCAUCCUGUUUUCUUUCAACAGCUUCAGAGGAUGAUUCCGAAGAAGAUGGAGACCAUAACAGAACAUUUGAUAUUGCCUAACUUCAUAUAAGACAAAUGGAUGAUCUGUGAACAAGUGUUUAUUAAAACUGGCAAUUAAGUAUGAAUUAAUUUUGUGGGGGAAUGCCUAUUAAAUACAUUGACUAUCUUAUAUAUAAAAUGAAUAUAUACAUACACAUGUAUGCAUGUAUAUAUAUAUUCAUUCUGAAGUGUUGCUGAAUUAAGAUUCUACUGCUGGACCUUUUAACAUGGCCAGCACAUCUGAUGUUUCUAAACUGGUAAUCAAAAGUAUUUUUCUUCUAGGUGAUUGGGAAAGUAUUACCCUUGUUUUAAAUAUCUAAGCAAUGCCCAUCAACUUUUUUCUGUUCUGAUUACUGUAGUCAUAUUUAUAAAAAAAGGUUCGUGUUUUAGUCUUCUUUUUGCUUAGUGAGAAAAGUGGAACAAAAUAUGCUUUUGAAAUAAAAUGCCAAAUGGCAUUUAUUUUUCUUUCUAAAAUGCCUUAAGUUGCAGUCUCAUUUUGAUAGUCAUUUGUCUCCAGUGUUUAGAAAUAAAAAUAAAAGAAUGGGGAGAAGGUUAUGAAGAUUGUUCAUUAUAUAAAGUUUCAAAUUUAAUUUGAAUUCUAAAUUCACUUACAGUAAAACUAAUUUUUAAAAAGUAUACAAAUAUAAAAUGUAUAAAUGAUGGAUAAGUUUUUGUAUUGAUUUGCAAAACACAGAUUAUAUUUGAUAGGCCAUGGUAUGUACAUAUUCCUUUUGGGAAUAUUACUGCUGUAAAUUAUAUCAGAAAUUGCCAGUCAAAUGCUGUUUGGUUAAAAAAAAAUUAUUGCAAUCUCAAGUUAAUGGAACAUUUUUAAAUUCCACAUUCAAAGUUUAAAAACACUGGUUUUCAAUGUGUUUUUUAGUGUUGUCACUUUAUAGAUAAAUAAGAUAUAAAUAACCUGUUUGGAUCUUGGUCGUUUUUAACUGUUCCUUGGUAAUUCUGAGCAUUUGUUUGGUGACUUAUUAAUAUUUUUCACUACCUUUGGAGAACAGAUUAACAUUAUUCACCACGAAUGGGUCUACACUGUGGUCAUGAGUUGUGUAUACUUCCAUAACACUGUAUUUUUCUUUUGUCAGCACUCUUGGGGUACACUUUAAAACACCUUCAGUUGGCUUCAGGUUGAAGUCUCAUGUUAUGGUAACAAACUCCUUUUUCAGAACCUAAAUAGAAACCAUGUAAUUUCUCAAAUGUGAAUGAAUAAUUUGCCCACACAAAGUCAGUUUGUUGGUCUUAUGUAAAACAUUGGUGUGAAAUAAAGUGCAUACUGAUUAAUUUAU